AGCGCGAGGCUUCGCGUUCGAUCAGAGCGCGGUCAGUCGGUGGCGAGAAGUUAGCUGCUUCGAACGUUCCUCUUUCGCUUCGUCCGUUUACGAUAUAACCGAACGGUACCCGUAGAAGGAGCAAAAUGGUGAAAACGGUCGAACACGUUCAGAGCUACGCGGAUUUGGAGGAGAAACUCGAAAAGGCUGGCUCGACCUUGGUUGUAAUCGACUUUUACGCAACGUGGUGCGGUCCUUGCAAAGCGAUCGGACCAAAGAUCGAAGAGUUAGCCAAGGAAACGGAGGAUGUUAUUUUCCUUAAAGUCGACGUGGAAGAAUGCGAGGACAUCGUGAACGAGUACAAAAUAACCAACAUGCCUACUUUCGUUUUUAUCAAAGAAGGCAAGAUAUUGGAAACGUUCUCCGGCGCUAAUUACGAUUUGUUGUUAAGCACGAUCCAAACUCACAAAUAGACGAAAUAAAGUGUUUAAAUGCGUUGUAUUUUUAAGCGAAAUAAUCUAUUACUACAUAGCAACGAUAUGCACGCACGAGUCACACGAACAGCGUAUUAUAACUUUUAACGACAGUAUUCCUUUUACGAUGCAUAUGGCAUAACAUCUCAAGAGGUUAGGUUUUUCGUAACACGUUAUCCUUUCUACCGUUUGUAUGUCUAUUUUGCGAAAUAAAGUGUACUCGGCUUACUAUGUG